AUGGCUGAGAAUCUUGUGACCCAGGUCACCCAGGAUUUUGGCGGGAGCGGGUUGGCUUUGGCCAAUGAUAGCGACUCUGCCAGCGAAUACAACACCAAGAUUCAUUUGAAUAUUCGCGGAAUUCCCUUCAAAAUUACACGCGACGAGCUUAUGAGCUUACCCGAGAGUAUCUUGUUGAGUCUCUUUCCCAAUGGUGUCUUUUUGGACUUUAAUGGUCAGGUGAUAACUAACUUGACCGAAGAGGAUGUAGUCUUCGUGAACUUCGACCCGGCGUGUUUUGAGUACAUCUUGAAGGUAUUUGGUGAUGCGCAAAACGAUCUUUUGGAGAUGGGCACUCUUUCCCCUCAAAUGUCGGGCUCCAGUCGCCUUGACUCUGCUGCAUCAGUGUUGCAAGCUAAGCCUGCCAUUAUUGUGUUGAGAGAAGAUCUCGACUACUAUGUCAUUCCACCCGUCGUCGAUUGUACACAUGAGGAUAUGAAGCACUUGAAAUUGGAAGCUAGCUCGCAACUCUUACUGAAUAAAACCGUGUUUUCUGGCUUGGGAUAUGAUUGCUCGUUGCCCCCAACAAAGGUGCAGACUCUUGGUGUGGCUGAGCAACAUCUUUUUGACAUGUUGUGCACGUCUGGCUUUGACAAGAACGAGGUUUGGGGUAGUAGGUCCAUGGAACCUAGUCGCUGUGUAGUACAGUCCUUGCUGUUGGUUCGCCUUGUCACGACACCACCAACACCACCCGAAUCACCUUCACUACAUCCUGUAUCUUCCAAUGCCUCGAGAUCGAGAUCUAGAAUAGCGUCUUUGGCUAGUAGUGCCUCGCGCGCAGCGCUGAGAUCAUUAUCGAGGGCGCGCAAGCUGGCAGAGGCCAACCAAACCAAGUUGUUGCUUUUCUGGAGGAAGCCCGCACGUAAGUGUUGGUGGUCCAACCAGGAGAUGACAAUGAGCACUGCAGGACUGGGUCUUGCUAAACUUGGUAAGGAGGUGACGGUCAAGAUCCACGUCAGACGCGUCUGGACAUUGGAAUUGUCAGUAAUUGGUGUACAGUAG